AUGGCGAUAUCUGCACAAGUUAAUCAUUCAGAGAGCACACCUGAGGUCUCGACCCAACCUAUCCAUCUUCCCGCCUUACAUACUAGGCCCGAUCAGCUCCCUACCUCCGCCACUCAACCUAACCACCUUUCAAGUCCAUGUAUUGUGACUAACAGUGGAGCAUCAAUUCCAGUUUUGGGCAAGAAACGUGUACGAGGACCGACCCGAGGAAAGAAUGUUGAGAAGAUUAGAAAGGAACGUGGUGAUCGAAUACCCGUUACACUUAACCGUUUGACCAAAGCAAUAGAAGGGGAAUACGCCACACCGCUAGCAGCUGCUCUUGGUCAACAAAUUCGAGUUCAUGCCCCAGUUCGAAAUGAUGGAUGGCUAGAAAUUGCCUUUGGGUUAAGAGAGUCCAUUGUUACAAGAGUUGGGCAAACUUUUGACUUUGGGGACUACAAUAAUGAUGUGGAUGUGAGAUGUAUUAUUGAUCAUAAGUGCCAAACUUUGUACAGUGAAUGGAAAAGUAGAUUACACACACACUACAAAUCCCUUAAAGAAAACAAUGUAUCUGACCUCAAAAGUCAGAUACUAUAUCCUUGUACAAAGGAUGAUUGGGAAUGGAUGAUUGACAAUUUGUGGGAAACUGAUGAUUGGAAGGUAAAGUCAGAGAAUGCGAUGAAAGCGAGAGGUUGUGUGAAGUAUAAUCAUACGAGUGGCUCGAGAUCAUUUGCAUCGCGAGCAUCUAUCAUUGUACAAGGAAGCAAACCGACUAUUACGAAACUAUUCGAGGACACCCACAAACGUCACCGACAUGGGGGAGUGUGGAUAAAUAACACAGCUGAGGAACAUCAUGCCACUAUGGUUUCAAAGAUCGCUGAGCAAUCUCAACCUAGUGUCACACAUCCAUUGUCUGAGGAGCAGAUUUCUAGAGAAGUACUUGGGAAGAGGUCGGUCUUCUUGAAGGGAUACGGGAUCCGCAAGGACAGUACUUCAUCUUCUACACAUUUUGAGGCUCCUAACUCCGAGGUGAUUGUUCUUCAACAGCAGUUAGUUGACCAGCGACAACAAUUAGCUGACCAAGGAAAGCAGUUAGUUGACCAGGCUCAAAGCAUGAGUACAAUGCAAACUAUCAUUCAAAUGUUGGCAGCAAAAAAUGGGAUAGAUCUAGCAAACAUUCUGGGGUUAGUUCCAAGCAACAAUGCUGGUGAGGAUGCAUCGGGUGUAAGGGAGGAUGAAACUUCUCUUGGUUGAAAUAGAGGUUGGUGAUGGAUGUUCGUGGUUCAGUAGUGAUAUAUAUCGUUUUGCACGUUGGCAUUCAUUUAAUUUUUCUUUGUUUCGUUUUAUAGGUUUUUCUGUUGAAUGUUUAUAUACUUUUGGGAAUUAUUAUGUUUUGGAUUGUUGGAUAUAGUUAGACGCAUUUUAGGAUUCUUAUGUUUAGUUUUGUUGGAUAUUUGAAUAAAAUUUGGGAUAUUGAAAUGCAUUUGAUAUUAAUU